AUGGGGGAGGAAAAGAAGAAUUAUUUGUUCAAUGGCGCGAAUUUCAACAAUUGGAGCUUCCGGAUGGAGAUACUUCUAGAGGAGCUGGACCUUUUGGAUUGUAUUCGUGUUGAAUCGGACAAAGUGGAAGAAUACAAGGUGCUGGAGACCGAUACGGCGGCAGAGAAACUGGCUAAGGAGUUGAAGCUGCGCGAUAGGCAGAAGAAGGACGUUAAAUGCAAAAAGGGCAUAUCAGGACAGUUCUACAUCCUCAAAAAGCUUUCGGCGAUGAAGUUUUCGGAGUCCGGUUCUCUUCAGGCGCACCUACUCGAGUUCGAGCGGAUGGUGCGGGAUUUGGCUGCUGCCGGCAUACAACUACAGGAAAGCUUGCAAUACAGCAUGGCAUCAACGGAAAUGUUGGCCAAGGUCAGCUCCACUGGUGCGGAUGGUCAAGUCGAAACUGCACCAGAAAAGGACUAUGAUCCAUACCAGCAUCGUAUCGUCGACAAACCGACCUCGACAAUCGGAACGUUCAUGCACGUGAUAAAAGGUGCCAUGGGUGUGGGAAUCCUAUCGAUGCCAUACGCCAUACGGAAUGGAGGACUUGUUUUUGGAGUUAUUGGAACGUUUCUUCUAGGACUACUAUAUUCACAUUGUGUGCAUCUACUAGUCGGCACCGCAUAUAAAAUCUGCAAAAGAGAUCGUGUCCCUAUGCUGACGUAUGCCCAAACAGUUGAUCGUGCGUUUGCCCUUGGUCCAGUCAGGACGAGGCCGUUGGGCAAAAAUUUUAAAACUUUCAUCGAUUACUACCUUAUGAUUGCGUUAGGCCCUAUGAUUUAUAUGGUCUUCGUCGGUACCACUCUACAUGGCGUUAUCAAUAGCAGCACUGAUCUCGACUGGGACGUCCGAAUCUAUAUUUUAUUGGCCGCGAUACCAGCGAUUGUGAUAACCCAAGUGAGGGAGAUCAAAUAUCUGGUCCCCUUCUCGGCCAUCGCGACGACGCUGAUCAUUACCAACGUUGUGAUUUCCUUAAAUUACAUCUUUAGAGAACCUCUUUCAACUGACGAUCGGAAUCUCUUUCCAACGUUUAGUUCGGUGGCGAAAUUUCUCGGAACUGCAUACUUGGCGUUCGAUGCAACUGUACUUAUUUUCCCCAUUUCAAAUCAGAUGAAAACUCCACAGCAUUACCUCGGUUGUCCGGGAAUUGUGAAUGUCAACAACAUUUGCUUAGCAUUCUUGUAUAGCUUUUUUGGACUGAUGGGAUACCUCCGUUACGGCGAUGCAAUUCAGGGCUCUAUAACACUGAACUUCCCAACCGAAGAAAAGUUGGCAUUAAUCAUCCAAGUCCUGUCGGCCGUUGCCAUUCUCUUCUCGAUUGGUAUAUAUUUCUACGUCCCACAAGAAAUCAUAUGGCGUAAGCUGCACCGACGAGUUAAACCACAGUGGCACAUGGUCGUGCAGUCGUUCAUUAGGUUGUUAUAUUUAGCAGUGAUCGUUGGCAUUGCUUGUGGGAUUCCAGAUAUCGGAACGUUCGUUGGAAUUAUCGGAUCCAUGUUCAACCCUAUCUUAGCCCUCUGGUUUCCUAUACUGGUCGACACCGUCUACCGGUGGCCUUCGGACUUUGGUUGGAUGAAGUGGCGGUUGGUAAAGAACUUUCUUAUGGGCGUAUUUGGAUCAUUUCUUAUGAUAACCGGGACCAUAUCCAGCGUGAAAGACAUCAUUGAGCUGUAUGAUUAG